AUGGAUUUCAGCGUCGGAAAUCUCUCAAGCCCGCAUACCCGCCAUGGGAUACUCUGUUGGACGGCUCCGGGGCCUACGGGGCGUAUGAGCGUCAGCGACCUAGUGCUGCUGAAGGUGCUCGAACACUACAACAUCACUCACCCCCUCCGUUCCACGAUCCAGCUCCGCACCUUUCGCGCCUCCUUCCCUCCCCCGCCAACACCGACGCAAGACACAGCCCUCGGCGGCGGAACCUUCGCUGCUCCCCAAACCUCGGCUGGUCCGACCCGCGUCCUCACGACAAUAACGUACUCUCAGCACCUCCCUCCCGUGCGUGAGGUGCCGAUGCCCCUCGGAGCCCGCGACGAUGUGACCUACCUCUUCCUCGAGGACCGGGGCGUGACGGCUGCCCAACCAGCCGGCCCGGGUCCGGGGGAGGUGCGCGACGGCGUAGCCCCCGACCCGCCAGCACAUCCCGAGAAGCAGGAGCGGAAACACAUGAUGCUCGCGGUGCGCCCAGCGACGAGUGUCAUGCCGACACUGCAGCAGCUCCUCUCGCCUUUCGUUCUGGGACUGUCCAAGAGUGCGAGAGUGCAGGCGAGCACGACGGCACAGGCUGCCGCCCCCACGCCGCUGAGUGGCACGCCCUUUGUGCUGACCUCGUUGGCCUUCCCGCCAGCAAUGGGCACGACUAUGCCGCCCGUCGCCCUCUCCCUCCAUGUGUUGCCAGGCGGAACGGCGCAGACCAUCUUCCUCGAGGCCGAGUGGGACGCGCCCCUUAGCGGCGAGGGAGCAGUGAGCGGCGGAAGGCGAGAGAGCGAGGCAGGAAGGAAAGACUCGGCGUACCCCGUUCGCGUCGAUACCGGGUUCCUCGAGACGGACUCUGUGGCCGUGGGCGUGCUGAAGGAGUUCCUGGACGGAUGCGUGCCCGAGGCUGGCGAGAGACGGUACUGGAUCUGGGAGAGGGAGGAUCCCGAGGGCUGGGUCGGGAUCGAGAAGAACAAGCGCACCGCGUUCCUUCUCGCCCGAGCGCUGCGGGAGAGCGGCUUCAUCUAG